UUUGCAGGAAGGUAGCCUGCUCACGGAUGUACGAACGCACCAAGAAUGUUUCUGAAAAAGUGAAUUUCAGAGUUUUGUAUACUAAUUUUGGGAGACAUACAAUAACAAUUAGCUAUAAUUUGUAUAUGCACUGAAAGUACAUAUACAACCCAAAACAAACGCAGAAGAGAAACUUAAACGCGAGUUGGCUGCAAAGCGGUCAUGUGACAGCAAAGUUGCGGGAAAACCGAAAAAGAGUCCAGCUGGUGAGCUGGUCUGGUGUUUGUCUCCUCAUAUUCUCUAAUUUUGUUCCAGAUCCGUAAUUUUGCCAGAUGCUGUAAAAAAAAAAAAAAGCAAGUUGUUUUAGUUGUCUGCAAUGGAUAAAGUUAUGGAAGAGCCGAAGAUUGAAGAAGUGAGACGGAGUAUUUAUAUCAUUUGGGAAAAUCUCCAGUGCCCAAUAUGUUUGGAUUUGAUGAGCUCCCCCGUCUCCACAAAAUGUGACCAUCAGUUUUGCAGGUUUUGCAUAAUGAGGCUGCUGGACAACGGCAAGACGCGGGAGGCCAGCUGUCCAGUUUGUAAAGCGAAGGUGACUAAAAGAAGUUUGCAAGAGAGCCCAGGGUUCAAGAGACUGGUGGAGGGACUGAAGGGCUUGGUGCAGGCCUUUGAAGAAGAUACUUGUGUGGGAUAUAACAGUAAAGUGUCCCAGAAGCUAGAAAACUAUGGUGCUGUGGAGAGGAGAUGCAAAGAGGUCCAGCUUCAGGAAGGAAACACGUCUGAUAGCAGACCUGAAAAAAGCACUGCUGACAAUAGCCAGUCCAAAGGAUCUGAGGACAUUACAACUCCUUCCGCUGAAGUUAAGGAAGGUUUCGCAAGACUCAUGGACCUUAAAGAUUCGUGUGCUGUCACCUCCGACAGAGAGGAUUUGGAGAGUGCAGUCGCUGACUUUCAGUGUACCUCUGGAGGAGAAGCAGAUAAGAAUAGCAGGAAGGACGCUGGUGAAGAAGACGCAAUCAGUGAGAGCAGAGAAACACCACCCUCAGAUCCAGCUGCAAUUUUAGACAAAAGACAGAAGAAAAGCCUGGAAAAGGUAUCUGAGUGGCUUUUAAAUAUCUCUCCAAGUGCCGCAGGCAAAGGUGGUUUAGAUCCCAGUUGCAGUUCCCAGCAUGACUCAGAGGACUGCUUGUCUGAUGGAAACACUAGUUCAUCCACCGUGGAAAAAGACAAAGAUGAGGACGAAAUUAGGAAACCUGAGAGGUCUGGGUACAGCCUUUGUCUUGAGGAAAAAGUGUUUGGAGUGGUCUACAAGAGGGGUCGAAAGUCUGUGAGACCCCAGGUAAACAGGUGUUUAGAGAGCUUAGAGGCUAUCGAGGUCUCACACCUGCGUCCUUCCAGUUCGAUUAAGACACCAACGAAAGCUGCCAAGAAGAGGAGUAGCAGCAAAUUGAGUCCUGAUUUUAUUAAGAGACCUCACAUUGAACGGGAGGAUGCCAAUUCUGGGAAAAGGAAGAGUGGCGCCGAAGUGUGUGAAAUGGGAGAAAUCAAUGGGAAGGUGACAAAGGGAUGCGAGUCUUCAGAGGAGAAGGAAGAACUGAAAGUCAGCUCUGUCUUUGAGGUGCCACUUCGAAACACUACAAGGACAAACAAAACUAAAAUGCAGGGGGUGUCGCAAGAGGCAGGAAGCAAGCUGGUACAGACGGACGAAGUGGAGGGAGACGCUACAGAAAAGAAUGCAUCAAGUGAUAAAAUGUGCCUGACUAAUAAGAAAAGGAAAACUUUGGCUCGUAAGAGGCUGUCUAAACGAGCUAAGGCGCUGGACCUGGUUACUGUUGAAAUAGACGACCCAGAUCCUGUGCUUAAGCCCACAGAAGGAAUUCCCCUUGCGGCUGACGUUCAGAUCGACAGUUACUCCAGUAGUGAGGACCAAAGGACCCCUGGUCUCAGGUUAUUCAGACGGAGUGAAAGGUUGAAGCUCUUUACAGAAGAGGUUCAAGGAAACGGAAAGAAGGCCUUGGCAAAGAGCUCCACGAAGAAUGCCAUUUGUGACUCAGAAAAUGGGCAGGGGAAGAAUAUUGCAGCACCUGACAUAGUUGAAAAGGUUCUUAAUCCAUUGACAAUGGAGGUGCAGAAGACUGUUGUUAGGAAUGGGUGUGUAGCUUUUGUGGAUUUGUCAGGCAUUGAGAUGGACGAGUUAAGCGUUGGCAAAGACAUGGGCCAGUGUGAACAGAAGCCGUGCCAUACUGAAACAGAUCAUCCUAUGGCUAAUAGUGCUGUAGAAGGUCUUCAGGUUACCCUGGCAUGUUCACCUGUCACGACUGACCACCCAGUGUCCCCAAGGAAGCAUGGGUCAGAUGCUGUAGUGCCUCUGUCCCCUGGGAACUUAACAAAUGAGCUAACAGAUGCUGAGUUUAAACAAGAUAGAAUCGACAGUGAAUUAGACACUGAACAGUUGCUGAAAACCUUUAAAACCACAAAGAGAAGAUCUUUCUGCAUUGGUAGUCCCAGUAACAAAUGUUUGAACAGAGGUUCAUUUAAUUCUGAAAAGCUGCCCCAAGGAGAGGUGCCUAAUCCAGAGGUUAAGCAGAGUAAAGAUAAAGUACUCACAACACCCGAGUUGGUUUGUGUGGCUGAUUCUGCAGAAUUAGUACAGCUAGAUGCAGAGACAUUUUCUUUAGGCCUGGAAAAUCAUUCAGCUUCCACAGAUUCAUCGAAUCCUACUGUUCAUAAAGUGUUGUCCCCUAAGAGCAGUAGGGUUGGAUGCCUAAGGAAGAGUGAUGCACUUCUAAAUAUAUCAGCAUCUAAGCACAAGGAUUCGGCAGAGCAGCUACGUUUAAAUGCCUGGGAAAAUAAUCACAGUUGUUCAGUCUGUGGUUCUAGUGGUACAGUUGAGUCCAAUGGAGUCAAAUUCCCUGUAGGAAAACAAAAAAAUCAAAGUUCUGCAGUCAGCAGUGAGGAAGUGGGCCCUGCUUCUGAAGAGGAACCACAAAACCCUUCUGGAAGGAUCACUGAGGAGCCGCACCCAGGACUACAGAGUACAAAUCCUGCAGUCCCUUCAGGAAGUGCAGAUAUUGCAGCUUGUAACUUAAAAGUGGAUACAGUGUCUCCUGUGUGGGCAGUCAAUAACUUAUCGACAUCCUCCAUGACCCCAGAUGAUCUACUGCCUCCAAAUAUUGUGGUUCUCGCUUCCAUCAGAAGUGCAGCUAGCUCCAGAUCAGAGGAUCUUCCCCUUCAGUUGUGCAGUCAGAUAAAUUUAUUGAAGCGGAGAAGGCCUCAGAAGCUGGAGUCCUCGGAGUCUGAGGACAGCGGAGAAGAUGACCAGCUCCCUUCACUGGCCAAGCUGUUGGGACAUGCCACCUCUCACUCGGAGGAUCUGCCCCUCCUGGACCUAGAAUGUCCUAAAAAACGUUCCAGUGGUGAGGCAUCUCUUUCUGAAGUUCCAGGCAGAUGCCAGAGUCCCUGCUCUGGUCCAGAGGGAGUAACUGCCAGCCAGGUGUCUGUAGACCUCUUUGGAACUCCAGAAGAGUGUGAAGGUGCUGCUGGUGCCCAUGGAUUCUCUGGAGACUCACAAUUUUCCACUGAAAUUAUUGGCACCCAGCAAAAGCUUGCCAUGCAGGAGAAGCUGUGCCAGCUGCAGCGGAUGAUGGUUCUCGUCACGGAGGCCCUGCACCAGAAGGAGGGUGGCGGCAAGCCCGGACCGCCCCCCCUCUCUCCGUCUGCAGUGAGCGCAGGUGUCCGUCCCUGCCCGACCUCACCCAGUGACGGCCGGAGAAGAGCAAGCAUCUCUAGACCGCAGACCCCCCCGCCUGGCCAGGCCCUCGUAUCCCCCACCCAGAAAAGGACCCUGAAUCCUGUCUGCGCCCUUCCUGGUUCCGGAGCCUCAGAAGUCCCACAAGAUGAAGGCAACAUCGCAGAAGAGGGCGACGGAGACGACAUCACUACGGCGACACUGGAAUGGACAGGGGGUAGAGCCCAACACCGCGCCACAGGGGUGGAGCCGGGCCCGAGAGGUGAAACCUGCUUGCCCCCACCGCAGCCGCGUAGCCACACGCCCAGACAGCCGACCCAGAGCCGCGCCAGUUGUGGCAAAAUGGUUCUUGUGGCUUCUGGGCUGAGCACGACAGAACUGUCAGUGGUAAAGAAGUUUGCCAGAAAGAUGGGGGGCAGCGUGUGUGCGGAGGUGACCCCAGAAACCACCCACAUCAUCAUCAAGACGGACGCCAAGCUGGUGUGUGAACGCACACUGAAGUACUUCCUGGGCAUCGCCGGGCGCAAGUGGGUGGUCAGCUUCCACUGGGUCACUCAGAGCUUCAAACGAGGAAGCCUACUGCCAGAAGCACUGUUUGAGGUUCGAGGAGACACAGCAAAUGGGGCAGAGCACCGAGGUCCAAUGCGAGCCCGCACCACCGAUGAGCAGAAGCUGCUGAUGAGAGGGUGUGAGAUCUCCUUCCAAGGCUCCUUCACCAACAUGACAACAGGUCAGAUGGAGUGGAUGGUGCAGCUGUGUGGGGCGACAGUGGUUAAAGAUCCAUCCCUCUUCACAGCAGAAUGUAAGUCUAAUCUGCGGCUUGUGGUGGUGCCUGGAGAUUCCCAGACGGAUUACAAAGCUGUCCAGCAGAGGGCGAUGGUGGUGUCCCGGCCCUGGUUACUGGACUCUGUGGCUACUUACACCCUCCAGAAUCCUGACGACUAUACAGUCUGAACUGGCUCUCCCGGUGGAGGGGGGGAGUCUGGGUCGUGGGCCCUCCCCAGCAUGGUCUUGGAAUACUGUGGGAGAUGUCAGCUUUUUUUUCACCCCCACCAGUUCUCAGCACUUUAUGCCCCCCCCCUCUAUUUUUAAUGUAUGCUGCAGCAUCUUUAAUUCUGAGACCCAUUUGAAUGUAUGCGUGUGUCUGCAAAGAAGAGAAACCCACACAUUUUACUCUAAUUUUUGACCCAUGACCUGAUUCUGAUCAGCGUAUCCCGUGUUGAUACUUGCACCAGUAUAAAUGUUGUUUUUGUA